UUAGUCUAUAGAUUAAUAUAAAGUAUAUAAAUGUAUGCGUUAAAUGUUACAGACAUUAACUCCGAGGGAAGUUUAAACUCGAAAGUCCUUGCAUGGAACCAGAAGCAAUCUGGAUUCACCGACCUCGCCGGACGAGAUGUUGCGUAUAAUCAACCACUACAUAUCCCCAGAGCUCACAUUGAAAGAAGUAAUUCGUUUGGAAUACACAACAACGACUCUGGUAAUGGUGGAACAAGAGCAAACAGAGCCCGUAAUGAUAAUGGAAUCUUCAAAAUCAGCCAUGGCGUAACUGGAGGUAGAUCUAACAGAGCCAAUAAUGACAAUGGAGUUCACAACGAUGGUUUUGAGAGUGAUGGAUUCAGAGCUAAAAGAGCCAGUGCUAAUGAUGUGAUCAACAAAGGCUUUGAUCACACUGGGGGUGGAUCUUACAGACCUUCUUAUGAUGACAAGAUGGAUCGAGAGGAAUAUUUCAACUUUUAAGACAUAGAACCCCAUUUUACUGCAAAGAUAAUCAUAUGGAUGGGUUUUAUUCUAUUUUAAUUCUGAUAAAAUAAAUAAAGAUAAAAAGUGUCUCCAACAAAAAAUGAAAAAAGGAAAACACUAAAGAAUUGUUUCUAUCAUGAUGAUUAACUUAUAGUCUUUUGUAUAUAUUUAAAUAUCUUGUUUUUUUUUCUCUAUUAUACUAGACAAUGAGUAUUUUCAGGAAGAUAAGUCUUGACAGAUUGUAUAGCAAUUUAUAGUGCGUGUUAAAGAUCCUGUAUGUUGCAAACUUUUUUAUAUUUUUAAAUUUUAUAUAUGUAUAUAAUUAUGCUUAAAACAAUUUUCAAACGUCGUAGAAUAUGUUAAAUGUGUACUUCAAAUAUUUGUCCAUAUUAUAUGUAAUCAUUACAAUAUAAGUAUUCAUUUCUUAUUAAAAAAAUUGACUGAGACGUUAUAGAAAAUGUAGAACAUGAAAUGUAAACUCGGUAAUAUCUUUACAAAUAAUGCUUUUUGGACCUUACAAUAUUUAAAAAUCUUCAUUGAACAUUAUAUUUAGGAUAUAAAAACAUAAAAAAAAUUGAGUUACUGGAUCUUUAAACAUUUUAUACUUUUUUUUUAUUUCAAGUUAAAAUUCUUUUGAUUUCGAUUAAUGUAUUAAAUGAAAUUUAGCACUUUGUUUUUCUAACGAAAUUGUGAGAACACAAUUUACAGAAUUUCCAAUGUGACCAAAUUGUAAAACAACAUUAUUUUACAUUUCUACAACAUAGCUAUUAUAGUUUUCUCUUUAAUACUUUUAAACAUUUUUAACGUGUGAUUGUUGUAUUGUUAAUGGUAAUGCUUGACUCCUAAAUUUGUGCGUUAAGUAAUAAAUUCGUAACACAAGCUCUGUAGUAAAUAGAAAAAGAAAAGUCUGUGUAUUUACAGUGAGAGACAUUUUUCUUUCUAGCUUUGAUUAUGCAUGUAAUUAGACUUUGAUUAAAUUCGAAAAUUAAUCAUCAACAAAUCAUUCAAGAAUAAUAAGACAAACUAAAUUAUGUUUUAUAUUUUCAUUCAACGAUUUUCCGGAAAAAGCAACUGUUCCCACUGAAUGAUUUUAUUUUGGCAAGAAAUAAUAAUUGGUAAACUCCUUAUAAGUAGAUUUAUAAGUAUCAUAGUGAAAUAAGAAAUUUAUUAAAGCUAUCGCUUUACAUGCUAAUAAAUUAGCAUAAUUUUACAACAGUAUCAAUGUUGUUGUGUUUUUUGCAGUGACGUUGUUAACAUUCUUAUGCAAAUAACUUUUAUGUUGGUAAAAAUGCUCAACUAGAAAUACAAACUAUGAACUAACAUAACAUCAUUCUAUUGUGAUAAAAAUCUGUUAAGAU